UUCUGCAGCUCGAAUUCUGCUGCUUUGCGUUCAACGAUCUAAGAAAAUAAUAAUUAGUUUAAUUCACACACAAAGACGUUUCAAUAUGCGAACAAAUGUCACAACGAAGAUCUUUGCUCGGCUGUGUGUUUUUCUCCUGUAUGGGACUUUGCCUUCACUGCGAGCAGAGAAACACUCGCUGUAUUACAUUUACACGGCUUUGUCCAAACCUGUCGAUCUGCCGGGCAUCUAUCAGUUCAGUGCUAUGGGUCUGCUAGACGACAGACAGAUCGACUCUUACAAUAGUGAGGAACAGAGAAAGAUUCCCACACAGCAGUGGAUGAAAGAGAAAAUGCAGGAGGAUUACUGGGAGAAAGGCACCCAGUCCAGAAAGAGCAAAGAACAGUGGUUUAAUGUGAAUGUUGAAAUUCUGAUGAAACGCAUGAGACACAAUGAAUCAGAUCUUCAUGUUCUUCAGUGGAGAGUUGGUUGUGAAAUUGAGAAACAAGGAGAUGAAGUGAGGGUUUCCAAAGGCAUUGAUGAGUACAGCUACGAUGGAGAAAACUUUCUGUCUUUUGAUGAGGAAGCGUCUCAGUGGGUCGCUCCUGUUGAUGAAGCUCUACCAACCAAGAGAAAAUGGGACAAUGUGCCGAUCCUAAACCAAUACACCAAAGGAUACCUGGAGAAAGAGUGUGUGGACUGGCUCAACAAAUUCAGAGAUUAUGCAGACGAGGAGCAGAGAAAAGCUUCUCCUCCAGAUGUUCGUGUGUUUGCAAGGAAAUCCAGUGAUGAAUCCAAGCUGAAACUCACCUGUCUGGCCACCGGUUUCUACUCUAAAGACGUGACGAUGACUGUUAGGAAAAAUCACACAUCUGUGUGUGAAGAAGAGGUUGAAUCCACAGGAAUCAGACCAAACCAUGAUGGGACGUUCCAGCUGAGGAAGAGUGUGGAGAUCAAUGAGGAUGAAAAAGAUGAAUAUGAUUGUUUUGUGUCCCACAGAACCUUCAAAUCAAUUAUCAUGAAACUGGGACAAGUUACUGAACCGUUGAUCGCUGAAGCAUCUGCUGGACGAGAGAAAGCUGGAGAAACAUCAGACAGCUGUGUGACGGUCUCUCCGGAGAAAGUCAUUCAAACUGAGAAACACUCGCUGUAUUACAUUUACACGGCUUUGUCCAAACCUGUCGAUCAGCCGGGCAUCUAUCAGUUCAGUGCUAUGGGUCUGCUAGACGACAGACAGAUCGACUCUUACAAUAGUGAGCAACAGAGAAAGAUUCCCACACAGCAGUGGAUGAAAGAGAAAAUGCAGGAGGAUUACUGGGAGAAAGGCACCCAGUCCAGAAAGAGCAAAGAACAGUGGUUUAAUGUGAAUGUUGAUAUUCUGAUGAAACGCAUGAGACACAAUGAAUCAGAUCGUCAUGUUCUUCAGUGGAGACACGGUUGUGAAAUUGAGAAACAAGGAGAUGAAGUGAAGUUUUCCAAAGGCAUUAGUGAAUACGGCUUUGAUGGAGAAAACUUUCUGUCUUUUGAUGAGGAAGCGUCUCAGUGGGUCGCUCCUGUUGAUGCAGCUCUACCAACCAAGAGAAAAUGGGACAAUGUGCCGAUCCUAAACCAAUACACCAAAGGAUACCUGGAGAAAGAGUGUGUGGACUGGCUCAACAAAUUCAGAGAUUAUGCAGACGAGGAGCAGAGAAAAGCUUCUCCUCCAGAUGUUCGUGUGUUUGCAAGGAAAUCCAGUGAUGAAUCCAAGCUGAAACUCACCUGUCUGGCCACCGGUUUCUACUCUAAAGACGUGACGAUGACUGUUAGGAAAAAUCACACAUCUGUGUGUGAAGAAGAGGUUGAAUCCACAGGAAUCAGACCAAACCAUGAUGGGACGUUCCAGCUGAGGAAGAGUGUGGAGAUCAAUGAGGAUGAAAAAGAUGAAUAUGAUUGUUUUGUGUUCCACAGAACCUUCAAAUCAAUUAUCAUGAAACUGGGACAAGUUACUGAACCGUUGAUCGCUGAAGCAUCUGCUGGACGAGAGAAAGCUGGAGAAACAUCAGACAGCUGUGUGACGGUCUCUCCGGAGAAAGUCAUUCAAACUGAGAAACACUCGCUGUAUUACAUUUACACGGCUUUGUCCAAACCUGUCGAUCUGCCGGGCAUCUAUCAGUUCAGUGCUAUGGGUCUGCUAGACGACAGACAGAUCGACUCUUACAAUAGUGAGGAACAGAGAAAGAUUCCCACACAGCAGUGGAUGAAAGAGAAAAUGCAGGAGGAUUACUGGGAGAAAGGUACCCAGUCCAGAAAGAGCAAAGAACAGUGGUUUAAUGUGAAUGUUGAAAUUCUGAUGAAACGCAUGAGACACAAUGAAUCAGAUCGUCAUGUUCUUCAGUGGAGACACGGUUGUGAAAUUGAGAAACAAGGAGAUGAAGUGAAGUUUUCCAAAGGCAUUAGUGAAUACGGCUUUGAUGGAGAAAACUUUCUGUCUUUUGAUGAGGAAGCGUCUCAGUGGGUCGCUCCUGUUGAUGAAGCUCUACCAACCAAGAGAAAAUGGGACAAUGUGCCGAUCCUAAACCAAUACACCAAAGGAUACCUGGAGAAAGAGUGUGUGGACUGGCUCAACAAAUUCAGAGAUUAUGCAGACGAGGAGCAGAGAAAAGCUUCUCCUCCAGAUGUUCGUGUGUUUGCAAGGAAAUCCAGUGAUGAAUCCAAGCUGAAACUCACCUGUCUGGCCACCGGUUUCUACUCUAAAGACGUGACGAUGACUGUUAGGAAAAAUCACACAUCUGUGUGUGAAGAAGAGGUUGAAUCCACAGGAAUCAGACCAAACCAUGAUGGGACGUUCCAGCUGAGGAAGAGUGUGGAGAUCAAUGAGGAUGAAAAAGAUGAAUAUGAUUGUUUUGUGUUCCACAGAACCUUCAAAUCAAUUAUCAUGAAACUGGGACAAGUUACUGAACCGUUGAUCGCUGAAGCAUCUGCUGGACGAGAGAAAGCUGGAGAAACAUCAGACAGCUGUGUGACGGUCUCUCCGGAGAAAGUCAUUCAAACUGAGAAACACUCGCUGUAUUACAUUUACACGGCUUUGUCCAAACCUGUCGAUCUGCCGGGCAUCUAUCAGUUCAGUGCUAUGGGUCUGCUAGACGACAGACAGAUCGACUCUUACAAUAGUGAGGAACAGAGAAAGAUUCCCACACAGCAGUGGAUGAAAGAGAAAAUGCAGGAGGAUUACUGGGAGAAAGGCACCCAGUCCAGAAAGAGCAAAGAACAGUGGUUUAAUGUGAAUGUUGAAAUUCUGAUGAAACGCAUGAGACACAAUGAAUCAGAUCGUCAUGUUCUUCAGUGGAGACACGGUUGUGAAAUUGAGAAACAAGGAGAUGAAGUGAAGUUUUCCAAAGGCAUUAGUGAAUACGGCUUUGAUGGAGAAAACUUUCUGUCUUUUGAUGAGGAAGCGUCUCAGUGGGUCGCUCCUGUUGAUGAAGCUCUACCAACCAAGAGAAAAUGGGACAAUGUGCCGAUCCUAAACCAAUACACCAAAGGAUACCUGGAGAAAGAGUGUGUGGACUGGCUCAACAAAUUCAGAGAUUAUGCAGACGAGGAGCAGAGAAAAGCUUCUCCUCCAGAUGUUCGUGUGUUUGCAAGGAAAUCCAGUGAUGAAUCCAAGCUGAAACUCACCUGUCUGGCCACCGGUUUCUACUCUAAAGACGUGACGAUGACUGUUAGGAAAAAUCACACAUCUGUGUGUGAAGAAGAGGUUGAAUCCACAGGAAUCAGACCAAACCAUGAUGGGACGUUCCAGCUGAGGAAGAGUGUGGAGAUCAAUGAGGAUGAAAAAGAUGAAUAUGAUUGUUUUGUGUCCCACAGAACCUUCAAAUCAAUUAUCAUGAAACUGGGACAAGUUACUGAACCGUUGAUCGCUGAAGCAUCUGCUGGACGAGAGAAAGCUGGAGAAACAUCAGACAGCUGUGUGACGGUCUCUCCGGAGAAAGUCAUUCAAACUGAGAAACACUCGCUGUAUUACAUUUACACGGCUUUGUCCAAACCUGUGGAUCAGCCGGGCAUCUAUCAGUUCAGUGCUAUGGGUCUGCUAGACGACAGACAGAUCGACUCUUACAAUAGUGAGGAACAGAGAAAGAUUCCCACACAGCAGUGGAUGAAAGAGAAAAUGCAGGAGGAUUACUGGGAGAAAGGCACCCAGUCCAGAAAGAGCAAAGAACAGUGGUUUAAUGUGAAUGUUGAAAUUCUGAUGAAACGCAUGAGACACAAUGAAUCAGGUCUUCAUGUUUUUCAGUGGAGACACGGUUGUGAAGUUGAGCAGGAGGGAGAUGAAGUAAAGUUUUCCAAAGGCAUUAGUGAAUACGGCUUCGAUGGAGUGGACUUUCUGUCUUUUAAUAAUAAAGAGUCUCAGUGGCUCGCCUCAGUUGAUGCAGCUCUACCAACCAAGAGAAAAUGGGACAGUGUGCCGAUCCUAAACCAAUACACCAAAGGAUACCUGGAGAAAGAGUGUGUGGACUGGCUCAACAAAUUCAGAGAUUAUGGAAAUGGGCACCUCAGAAACACCUCUCCUCCAGAUGUUCAUGUCUUUGCAAACAGGUCUUUCAGAGACAAAACCAAGCUAAAACUCACCUGUCUAGUCAGUGGCUUCUACCCCAAAGACAUGACACUGGUCAUGAGGAAAUAUCGCACAUCUCUGUGUGAAAAUGAGGUUGAAUCCACAGGCAUCAGACCAAACCAUGAUGAAACCUUCCAGCUGAGGAAGAGUGUGGAGAUCAAUGAGGAUGAAAAAGCAGAAUAUGAUUGUUUUGUGUCCCACAGAACCUUCAAAGAACCAGUUAUUGUCCAAUGGGAUGCUGUGACGGCAUGAUUGGAGAUACAGCUGUUUCACACUGGAACCGUAUGUGACUGGAAGCAGUGGAAAUUGGAUUAGCAUGCUUUUUAAGCUCUACUUUAAAUCAUUUUAGCAUGCUUUUGUGUUGUUUGUUAGUUUUACACAAGCUACAUUUAUAUUCACCGAAAUAAUCAAUAAUCAUAAAAAAUAAUAUUACUCAUGUAACUCCGUUAUCAUUAAUCUGAAUAGAUUCACUGUGCAUGCACUGACUUGUUGAUCGGAAUAAAUAUAUUGCACAUGUAAACAGAUAUGUGAUAUAGAUUGCAAAGCUUAAGGCUUAUAUAAGCAGAAUUUUCACAAUCUGAAACAGGAUUGUAUUUAUUCGGAUUGUCAAAGAGUAGUGCAUGUAAAUAUAUACUGACUGUGUUAAUCAUGCUUAUUUGUAAUCUCAUUCCAUUUUAAUUUUAAUCACAAAACAAAUCCCUGUUACUUUAAAAGCAUCAUGAACUGCAUUUUUUAUAAUAAAUUGUUCACUUAUAACGUACAAUUUUUCAUUAAACAUAAUUUAGA